AUGCGUGCAUUCUGGAUAUGCUUUCCAGAGUAUAAGCGUGCCAUGGAUGCUUCCGGGCUUUUCGUCGCCGAUGAUAAGCAACCUGACGAUGACAACAUCUCCAUCAACUCCACCCUCGCGUCCGAACACGAUUCCGAUGAGGAAUGGCUGGUAGAGGGUAUCCGCGCUCAGUGUCGCGAAGGUGGGAGAGACAAAUUUCUGGUAGAGUGGACUGGUUACCCCAUUGAAGAGGCCACAUGGGAGCCUGAAGAAAACGUGACGGAUGAGCUACUUGGGGAAUGGAAAGACACUCAAGCAAAGCAAGCUUGUGGGGAGGAGAAGCCGUUCGACAUUGUCGCCUGGCAAGAAAGCGUGGUCAAGCGUCAAGAGGACAAAUACCAGCGGCAUCACCAACGCAACGUUGAACGGAAAAAACGAGGUAUCCAGCCUAGGCUAUGGGAGGGCGAAACCAAAGCGGAUUAUUAUCUCAGCGACGAAGACGUUGGGGAGGAUGAUUACAACGCCGUAUUCCCCCCUCCAAAGGCUGUGGAGCGAAACGAAGAUGCGUUUUAUUCUGAUACUCAACCCUCCAAGAUCGCCCCUAAGCAGGAGGUCGCAAAGGCACCAAUCCUUCAGAAACGGGCUUCAGCGACAGAGAAACCAAAAUCACCAACAAGAAAGGCACAAUCCAGCUCUAGCCCUCAGCCACGCUCACAGCCACCUUCGGCGCUGGCAGCGGCGACUGAAUAUCAAGGAACAGCAAAGAAGAAGCCUCUGCCGGGCAGGGUGGUCAACAAUGCGACAACCAGCCGGUUGCCGAAUAGCGCGACAGCAACUGCGCGGACCACUCACAGGGCCAAAAAGACUGCUGUGAGCUCUAGGACAAUGGUUAGAUCACAGAACACCGGAACGGGCAUCAAUGUCUUCGCGGCCGGCAAGCAAUCAAAGCAGCGCCGUCAACUCGUACAGAACGUGGCCGAUCCUAACAAGGAUGCUCGUCUUUUCUCAAAUCACCGACUCAAGAGAAAAGCUGAGUUACAAGGUCGUGAGAAAGCGGACAUGGCUCCCGCGGCAGUCCCAACGAAGCUAUUCAGCAUCAGCCGCGGGCCGCCUCCUGGAACCACUACCGGUACAAACAUCAAUCCGAGUACCAAUACCACCGCUAGCAUCCCUCGGUCUGUACUGAAGCGUUCAGUCGAUGAUCUCUCGACGAGGUCAGCCAGUGAGUCCAGUAUGACAGCGUCGGAGAGGGCGGGGGUGUCACACCCUCAAAAUCUCGGUCAGCCCCAGACUAUUCAGCCAACGACCAAGAAAAGGAAGUCCGUUCAGUUUGCAGACGUUCCACUUGCCGAUGAGCCAGAAGAGAUGGACGUGGACUACCCGACUGCUCGGCCAAAAAGACUCAAGUCGCCCCCGAUGCCUUCAGAUCCGUCACAGUCUACUCAACCGCCUGCUAAGCCUCAUUCUAUCCUUCGCAAGUUAUCAAUAACAGACUACAAGUCGAGAAGCACAGGCCAAAACCACGACAAAACUGUCGUUUUAGGUCCUCCGGGAAGCAAGGACAUUGAAAUGACAUUUGAUAAUGUUAGAGCCGACUCUGACGCUUGGCAUUCUCAAUUUGUUGACGAGAAACUGCUGCAUUUCGCCAGAAAUUUCACAGCCAGAACUUUUGCCUCUCAAAGGGCAAUUGUUAUUGAAAGGGUACUCGCAAAUGGAAGCGUCAGGCCCAAGUCAAACAACGAUCAAGUUGCUGUGGAGAGAGCAGCAGAACGGCUCCGAUCAGGGGCGUUUGGGGUUGCGUGCUUCUAUGAAGACUUUCUCAUUGUCAUUUACCCAGCUGGGUGUGAAGAUUGGAAGCAAACAAUGCCUGAAGUCGAAGCCAACAGCCCGGCAAACGUCUAUCUGAAAUAUGUCAUCUUCAAGCCCCAGCCGGCUGUUAAGAAGCCUUUACCAAUCAGACAGAUCAACGCUUCAAAGAUAGCUUCGCGAAUUGCCAUCUUCCGCGAUCUCUUACGCCUCGACUACCAUAUGAUUCUGCCCCCCGGCAUUCGAAAUGUACGCCACAAUUUCUACCUGGCGUUUCCUCCAUCUAGGGUGCUGUUACUCGAGGCUAUGAGCGAGUGGCUUCGCUCAGAGAAUCCCGAAUGUAGGAUAUUCUCAACUAAAACGGGUGGCGACUGGGCCGCCUUUACCAACCCGAAGAUUGUUACGCAAGGAGUUAUCAUUGUUCAUGAGGCAGCCGCCGAUUCGCUCCGACAGUUCCCUGGUUUGCUCAAGCUGCUUUUGCAUAAGAGCAGUGCAACUUACGUCUUUUGGUGCAUUGGGGAGUCACUCCAGCUGUCUCCCGCGUACCCAUCUAUUCGGUCCAUGCACAACGAGAUGCCAAAGCUGGGCACAUUCGAGUUGACGAGAUUUUUCCCCCACGGUAACGCAAUUUUAGUUACGCCAAGUUUUCUGGUCUCUGAACCACGCCGUGCCUUCCAACUCUUUCAGUGGUACAAUAGGACCUAUCAAAAGCCUAAUAAUAACCAAAAGAUCGUGGCGGCGGCGAGCUUACGGGAGUAUUUGCGGGAUCUUGCGCAUGAGCGAUCCGCCCGCCGAGACGACUUGAUGGCAGAUGGUGACCUAACACGCCAGUGGUCAACGUCGAAGCGCGAGGAUAUAGCACGAAUUGCAGGAUUGAGCAAAGAAGAUUGCACAGCUCGAUUCGAGACAUGGGCGAUAGUGGAAGGCCUCCAGUCGGCCAUAGACACAACCAUUGUGCCGGAUGAGCAGGUCGAGGCCAUUGUCUUUGCUGAUGGAUCUAUUGAUGCCAACGACGAGCAAAGCUUGGUGAAUUGGUUCGGCUGUUGGUCCCAAACUCGCUUCGACCAGUUCCGCAAGUUCCACGUUCUAGGAACAGAUGGCACUUCCGACAAUAGCCAUCUGAUCAAAGACGGCGACAUUCCCAUAUAUCCGCCUGGGGUUGGGCGCGAUCGAGGAGCCGAACCAAAUCCCGAUUUUCCUAGCCCGCGUCAGAACAUGUCAGGUUCCGACAAUAAUCUUGGACCACAAAGUGGAGGUAGCAAGCUUCUUGGAGGCUUGUCUGGCCACCACUUCCUGAGCAAGUUGAAGGCAAUCGCUACUCGCAACGAACGUCCUAAAUUGUGUCCAUUUGGGAAGCUCUUUGGCUUUGCUGUCUCCUAUUACGAAGACAUUGCUAAUACAGCUGACUCUUAUGGAGACUUCCAUCGCGACUUUUCAACUUUCGACAAGUGGAUGGAGUGGCCCUGGCCGUUCUUCUCAUCCUACCAGGAGCGUUUCAAGCAACCUUCAGCACCCUAUCGUCUGCCGCCGACAUUCAAUACCUACUUCGCGGUUUUUUACACUCCUGAAGAUGAUCAUCCAAGCAAACCACCACCGCGCCAUCCCUGGCUUGCGAUUUGGCGGGUUCGUGAGCCUCAUGCGGCUUGGAAAGGAACCGAGCUUUUUAUUUGGGACACCGCGGCCAAGGAUCGAUGUUCCACAGCGAACGAGGUCUACGAGUCUCAACUCUUGCAGGCACAGCAGCACCUUAUACAGAUGGUACGGGAGCGAUCUGAAGACAAACAUCGGGGCCUUCCUCUGCUAGAGGUCUGGUAUGGUGGGUUCGAAACAGAGCCUUCGGAGUAUACCUUGCCAGUCGACGUCACGUUCCAUAACUUGGACGUGAUGAUGUCGGACUGCAAGCAAUAUCUUCCAGCGGUUGAUACUUUAUUACUGCGCAGGGGUUUCCGCAAGAUUUGUCCCGGCGACGCGCCCAUUGGGCACGGGCUUCAUGCCACAGACUCUUCAAUGGAUAUUGAUAUGAUUGGCGGUCAUCGAAAUCAGGGCGGCGAGAGCAAGAUCAUCUUUUACCCGCCCAGAGCCAUGAAUCCGACAGGACAGAGCAGAUGUGAGAAUUUGUUCUACACCUGGGUGAUGAAUAUCGACAGACAGAAUCCUCGUCCCGCAUGGCCUUACACGUUCAGACCGACCACCGAGUGGUACCAGCAGCAGGUUGCCGAGAACCGGCAUUUCGAGCACCUCAACGUUGCUACUUGGCAGCGGGUAUUUGAAGUCCUCAGGUUGCCAACUGAGAAGAGCAAGGUCGAGUCGCAAGAGAGCAGCAAAAAGUGA